CCCACAGCCCCCCCCCCAGGCACCGGCCGAGGGAUGCUGAGCCGGCGGGAGGCCGAGGGACCCCGCCUGGCCCUCCCCCCUCGGCUCCCCAGGGCCCUUCCAGGAGGGUGGGGGUCUUUCUGAAUGAAGCAGCCCCCCUCCCCUAAGAAGGCGGGGAGGCGCCCUGGAGACCCAUUAGGGCAAAGGCGAAGCGGGCAGGGCGGAGGAGAGGGAGGCGAUCUCUGUCCCCCCCUUUUCCCCAGGACCCCAAGGUGCUCGACCCCCCCCCUCGACUCGACACUCCCCCCCCCAGACUCCCCAAAUCCCCAGCCCGCCAUGGCGAAGGAGAGGAACAAAACGCUGCUGGAAUUGCUGCAAAGCGAGGGCAACGACCGAUGCGCCGACUGCCAGGCUAGCGAUCCAGACUGGGCGUCUCACACUUUGGGGGUGUUCAUUUGCUUAAAUUGUUCAGGGAUCCAUCGCAACAUCCCCCAGAUCAGCAAGGUGAAAUCCGUCCGGAUGGAUGAAUGGGACUCGGCGCAAAUUGAGUUCAUGGCUUCUACAGGGAACAAUGCCUCCAAAGCUAAAUAUGAAUCCAAAAUCCCACCCUUUUAUUAUAAGCCAACUUUUUUGGACUGCCUACUGUUACGAGAACAAUGGAUCAGGGCUAAAUACGAAAGGGAAGAAUUCAUUUACACUGAAAAACAAGAGCCUUACUCUGCAGGCUAUCGGGAAGGAUAUCUGUGGAAGAGAGGACGCGACAAUGGGCAGUUUCUCAGCAGAAAAUUUGUCCUUUCAGAACGGGAAGGAGCCCUGAAGUAUUAUAACAGAAACGAUGCCAAAGAACCCAAAGCGAUUAUGAAAAUUGAGCACCUCAACGCCACUUUCCAGCCCGAGAAAAUUGGAAACCCUCACGGGCUGCAGAUCACCUACCUGAAAGACAACAGCACAAGGAAUAUCUUUGUCUACCAUGAAGAUGGCAAGGAAAUGGUGGACUGGUUCAACGCCAUCCGUGCAGCCCGAUUCCAUUACUUGCAAGUGGCGUUCCCGGGAGCUAGCGACACUGAUCUGGUGCCAAAGCUUUCCAGGAAUUAUCUGAAGGAAGGCUACAUGGAGAAAACUGGGCCAAAACAAACAGAAGGGUUCAAAAAACGCUGGUUUACCAUGGACGACAGAAGAUUAAUGUAUUUUAAGGAUCCUUUGGAUGCUUUCGCCCGGGGAGAGGUUUUUAUUGGGAGUAAAGAAAACAGCUACAAGGUCCUGGAAGGGCUCCCACAGUCCACCCAGGGGCAUCACUGGCCAUACGGCAUCACCAUCGUCACCCCUGACCGGAAGUUUCUCUUUGCCUGUGAGACCAAAAGCGAUCAGCUGGAGUGGAUCUCCGCUUUUCAGAAACUGAUCAAUCGGCCCAUGCUGCCGCAGGAAUACGCAGUGGAAGCCCAUUUCAAGCAUAAACCCUAGCGACAGUCUGAAGCAAGAUUGUUUACAACACAAAAGGACACUGGUUUCGUUUUCAGUUUUCGUUUUUUUUUGCAAGGCUAGCAAUGACCAAAAUAAUAAUAAUUAUAUAAUUAGUGAAUCAUUUUAGACCACGGGAUGGGAGGUGCAAUUAAAAUGCUUGAGCCAUGGAUCGUGGUGCUGCCCAUCCAAAGGUGACCGAAGCUACAGGCAGCUGCAGCCCUGCACUUUCCCCAGAAUGUCGCUCUUCGAACACCGACGGGUAGAUAACCUGGUUACACUAGUUAAGAGAAUUAUGUCUGACGUUUUGGAAGAAUCCUGACGCAACGUCCUUCUUUUCCGUUCUUCGGUUUGGGUCUUGGCCGAGCUAUUACGGUGACGUCCUUGUAUAAAACACAUUCCUAACGGGUCUGUGUCUUCUUCAGUGGCCAAGAAUGCAGAUUCAGAGAUGGUAGCAGAACCUAGAAAACAUCUGUGGAAGGUAUCAUUCAUGAGGCUCAAACUCUGGUCUGGGAGUAGGCAGGAGUAGGCGGAAUGAAAGGAGGGAAGCCAGAAAAAAGGUUCUACAUGAUGAAAUUGGGACAAUGGAUCACUGUCGUCUUGCUGUCAGAUUUGUUGUGGCAUCGUCUAAUACAUCUAUUCCACCAGCCCAGCCUUAAAAGAAUAACAGAGUUGGAAGGGAUCUUGGAGGUCUUCUGGUCCAAUCCUUGCUCAAGCAGGAGACCUUAUACUAUUUCAGAUAAAUGGCUGUCCACAGUCUCUUCUUGAAAGCUUCCAGUAUUGGGGCACCCACAGCUUCUGAAGGCAAGCCGUUCCACUGAUUAUUUGAUGUGUUCUCCAGGAGGGUUGCUAAUUACAAAAUCAGGGAACAAGGACUCCCAGUAUUUCUUGAAGAUGUCCGAUGCGGAGAGGCUGCGUUUAGCCAUUUCUUCAGAUUGUUUUGCUUCUUGUCACUUUGUGAUGCUUGAAGAACAGACCCUUAUUGACAUUAGGGCUGGGAAGGGGAAAAGACCAGCUUUCAUUUGGGGAUGAGACAAGCCUGCAUGACAUAGCAAGGAGCUGAAAAAUUUGAUUUAUUCAACUCUAUGCCGGAGCAUCCAAGUUACUGUCCCAAAAGUCAAGUUGGUGGCUGUGGUUGAACAUCACGAGCAUUAUCCUCACUCAGAAGAAUUCGUGGUACCGUCACCCAAUCACCAUGACUAAGCUGUCCUGGAUGAUGAACCAGGAGAAGCUUUUGCAAUUGUCCCUUGAGGUAGCCCACGAGUGGACUUUUGCAAAGCAACGAUUAAAUGCACAUAAAGCACUAAGCUAUGGCUUGCUUCAUCUUGCUUUAAUGACUUAGCCAUUUUUCAGUUUGCAUCGUACGCUAAGCUUAGCACAACCCAAACCCAAUUCACGGUGAAGUUGGAUGAAUGAGCUGAAUGAAAUGUUUUCACCGGUGAAAACUUCUUUGGAUGCCAGAAGUGACUUUUCCAAGAAAACACCAUGCUAGAAACAACCACCCUUUAACCCAGGGGUGGGCAAUUAAUUUUCCCAAGAGAGUCACAUGAAAAAUGGGGACUGUUGUGGAGAGUCAAACCAAUCGGGCUGUGAAGAUGUGUAGAUAAUUUUUUUUAAAAAAAGCAGUUGCCUUCAAAAUAAAAGCAAAGCAGCUGUGUUGCGUGCAUGGUGUACACUCAUUUACAUCUAAUUUCUAAUUUUGGAUUGACCUCACGUGGGCUGGACCUCGACAGCCAAAAGGUCAGGGGGCCAUAAAAUACCCAGGUCUGCUCAAUCUCCAACAAGGCAUCCAUAAAAGUGUUCAUUCAUAAAACAGCUUAACAACUAACCCCAGCACAAGCAGACACAAGUUAGAAAGCAAACCAUAGUUUGAUUCAAAGCGUUGUUAGCUUCAGCAGACAAGUAAUUUAUUUUUUUUUCCCGUUACAAUUUUGGCAAGCGGGAGCUACUUAGGAAUUUGCUGCACGAGGACCCUCACCGACUAUCGGAUUUUAUUUCCCUUCUAUUUUCAUCGUAUUUAGCUACCCGGCCACCAGAUCAGACUUUUCCCUUCUCUAAAGCCAGAUUCCCUCUGUUUGUAGCCAUACUUCGUAUUAUUGUAUAUUUAUACUGACUGACUCAGCAAGGAAUUCAUCCUUGGGCUGAAAUCUACUUGUUUCUCAUCUUCUCUCUUGUGGAUGUAAGAUUAUAUUAAUUCUUGCUCCUUCACAGUCUCAGCUGUGACCUUCAUAUCUUUUUAAAGUCUGGCACAAAAAAAUUAUUCCGGAGAGUCCAGAACUAGUUUUUUUUGCAUCUUAAGACACAGUCUCAAUUUAAACCUGUUUCUUCCUCUGUCCCAAUGUUUCUGUAAGACCAGAUCUCUCUCGUCUUGUGUGUACAUUUGUUAAGUUUGAUUGUUAAAAGACAGUUGUGGUACUAACUUCCAUCCACACCAAUAAAUUAUUAUCCUGUUGGCUUGA